GGACACGAACAUUGAACAACGAACAACAACACAUCAAUAAAGCUUCACGCAGUCACCGAACGGUAACUCAGACGUCACGAGCUGCGACACCCCGCCGACACCGAUGCGCACAUCUGCCAAAGCCUGUUGGCUCGCAAAAAAUGUUCGACUUCCCUCUCGUCGCUCUCUCCCGCACCGUCAUAUUUCGUUGCAAAGAGAUGGAGAGACUAUAUAUUCGCUUUGGCGAGUUGCGAAACGAAACCGACUACACAGCUGGCGAAUCGCGUUUCUAUAGCAACAGCGCUCGUAGUCAUCCAAAAUUGGCUGAUGGAGCUGCAUGCAGUGGUUCUCAAGCUGAAUAAUAUUUACUUAUUGCGUGCGCGGAGUGCAGACAUCGUGCAGUUGCAACGCAACAAUGUGCAGCGGCUAACCUCUCUUUUAGCCCGGGUCUUUUAAAGCCUCUACACUCUGGUCAGUUGAUUGAUUUUGUCGUGACUAAGUAUCUUCUGCUGCAUUUUCAAGUGCGAAUUUUACUCACCACCUAAUCGUCACUGCCUUUCAUGAAUUAUAUUAACAGCCAUAGAAGAUGAAUUCCAUCAAGGAUAUUAUCCGAUUGGUAAUUUAUCAAACAAAACUUACGGGGAAUUUCAAUUCAAGAUCAACAUACAGUUUAUUUUAUAUUUACUAUGUGCUGAAUAAACUAGAUCAUCUCUUGAGAUCCCAGUUAAAGUUGAAAUGUAUACCGGACGACAUAUUUUCAUUUUUAGUAAUGAAAUAUGGAAGGUGUAAUGAAUCGUACAUUGAUGAUAAUUUAUACAUUCUGUGCAAUUCUAAGACUGUGGAUAAGUCAAAAGACUGGUUUUAUUUAUGUAGUAAGAUAUCUAGAAAAAGAUAUAAAGUAGCAGUUUUAUUCACUGACGAUGUUUUAGAGAACAAUGUAUAUAUUUCUGCAAGUAUGAAAUUAAACAUAAGCAAGCGAUUAGGUUUUGAAAAUUUGGAAGAGCCACUAAUAUUUUUAUAUCCAGUGCAAGAUGAAUCAGUAUCAUAUGCCACAGAAAUAAAAAUUUCUUUAAUUUCAAAUCCUUAUGACUGUACAGAUGACCUGAUAAGCAAUUUAUUACAUAAUUUUUUUAUCUUCCCAAGAUAUCUUCGCUUAUAUGAUAUUUUUGGUAUAGAUGUUAAAAAAUAUGUUCCAGAGGUCAAUUAUAACACAGCAGACUGUAAAAUGGAGACCUUAUAUUUCAGUGUAAAUAGCUUAAAGAUUGAUGAUGAAAAAAAAAUUAUUGAUGGCAGCUUUGUUAUUUAUGGAAAGACUACUUUAAUUCAAGAAGCAAAUUUGAAUAGUUAUGUUCCAAAAAAAUGUAUGUGUGACAUUCCUCUAGAUACAGAGAAACAAUUUUUAAGCAGCUGGCCACCUGUCUUAAAAGAACCACUUCAACAAUUACAUGCGUGCAUAGCUCCGUUUUUACAAAAAAGAAUAAGUAUAGACGUGAAACCUGUGUUUCUUAUCGAAGGUCCAUCAGGCAGUGGAAAAUCUCGACUUAUAAAAACUGCUGCGCAAUCAUUGGGCUUACAUAUGGUAGAAGCUGAUUUUACUGACGUGCAAUCAUUGACUUCUGCUCAAACAGAAGCAAAAUUGCGUAUCAUUCUUCACGACGCCGAAAAUUGCGUUCCAUGUUUAUUAUUACUCCGAAAUAUACAAAUUUUUGGUAUUAAUUCCGAAGGGCAAAACGACGAGAGAGUUCUUGCAGCCUUUGGAGUUGAAGUAAAAAAAUUAUACAGUAAGAAAUUGACGUAUCCGAUCGUUAUAAUUGCAACAUCCAAUGAAUCUGAGAUACCAAUCGAUUCGGAAACGACGUUUGUCGAGAAGAUUAACAUAGGACAUUUGGAGCAAAAUCAAAAGUGUGAAGUAUUGUCCUGGCUCAUAAAAAGCAAAAACUUAAAACAUCAGGUUGACUUGCAAAAGAUUGCUAAAAUGUGUUCAGAUUUCGUAUUGGCAGACCUUGAAGCAUUGGUUUUACAUGCUAUAAAAAAUCGGUUUCAACGGCUAAAAGAUUUCAGUAAAAACGACUUUAUUGAGUUAACCAAUGAUGAUUUUCUUCAUGCAUGUGAGUAUAUGCAAUCAACGUUCUCUGAUCAAAUCGGUGCUCCACGUGUACCAAAGGUUCAUUGGGAAGAUAUAGGAGGAUUAGCCGAUCUAAAAACGGAAAUCAUGCGCAGGAUCGAAAUGCCAUUGCUCAAUGUUCCUGGUCUUAAAAGGUCUGGUCUUCUUUUGUAUGGGCCACCUGGAACCGGUAAAACCUUACUUGCCAAGGCAGUAGCAACAGAAUGUCAGCUUCAUUUCCUCUCAGUAAAAGGACCCGAACUGUUGAACAUGUACGUCGGUCAAAGUGAAAAGAACGUUCGACAAGUAUUUGAAAGAGCACGAGCAGCGGCACCUUGCAUAAUUUUCUUUGACGAAUUGGAUUCCCUUGCUCCAAACCGAGGCCAAAGUGGCGACAGUGGUGGUGUGAUGGACCGCGUGGUAUCGCAGCUUCUGGCUGAAAUGGACGGUCUCGAAAGUCAAGGCAGCGUCUUUAUCAUCGCUGCUACCAAUCGGCCAGAUCUCAUUGAUCCAGCACUUUUACGUCCUGGUCGCUUUGACAAAAUGCUCUAUGUAGGUAUCUAUUCCGACACAGAGUCUCAGAUGGGUGUCCUCAAAGCUCUGACUCGACACUUUAGACUGGCGAGAGGAGGGAAAGAGCUUGAAGAAUUAGUCAAGGAGUUACCAGAUAAUUUAACGGGAGCAGAUUUGUAUUCAGUAUGCUCAAACGCCUGGCUCAGGGCUGUACGUAGAGCUUUGACUAGUCAAGGAAGUGAGAAAGAGAAAGAGGAGGUCAAAGGAGAAGAUGUAGUUGUGGGUUUGGAGGAUUUCGUGCACACGAGCAGAGACUUAGUGCCAUCAGUUAGUAGAGAAGAAAUAAUAAGAUACGAGAAACUGAGAGAAGAGUUGUCCACUAGAUGAUUUCGUUUUUGGUUGUUAAAUUUUUAUAAAAAACCUGUUGUUUAGUAGAUAAGUCAAUUUUGUAUAUUGGUAAUUUUAAUAAAAACAUGCCUCAACUGUUAUAAAAAUAUA